AUGUCUAACCUCUGGUUCAACGACGACGGCUUUUCUCUCGGCCAGCCGCCGGGAGACAACGAUAUGAUGGGCUCGAUGUUCGACGAUAUCUCGGAUCUCCCUGGCCAACAAUUGUCCCAGCACUCGCCAGCACCCAGACCAGGGCAACAACAACAGCAAACACCAGGACAACAACAACAACCACAAGCGCCGCCACAAACACAAUUACAGCAACUGCCACAACCGCAGCAGCUGCCACAAACACAAGCACAGCCGCAAAUGGGCGACCCCAUGAUGGAUUUCCAGCCCGAGCUCUUCGCCAAGCAGGACAAGAGCCCGCUGAUGUACAUGCGGCAGCCCGAGUCCGUGUCGCCGGGCAUGAACCAGCAGUUCAUGGCGCGUGCCAAACAAGACCAGCUUGCGAAAAUGCGCCAGCAGGUGAUGCAUCAGCAGAUGCUCCAGCGGAACAGUAAACAAUACAAUAACGCCAGCCAGAUGCUGCAGAGAAACCAGCUGCUGGUGGGCCAAGGAAACCAGCUCAACCUCAGCCAGGCCAAUGCCAACCAGCUUGGCCAGAACAACGUCGGUCUGGUCAGCCAGGGAAACCAAAAUCAGCAGAACCAUGCGGGCCAGAACCAAGCGCUCAACAACACCAACAGCCCGGGCCAGGGCCAGAGCCAAUUCAACCGCAACCCGUCCAACAGCAGCAACAUGUCUCAGAACAUGCCAAACAUGCAGAGCAUGCCCAACACCCAAAACAUGCAAGGCAUGUCUAAUGCCCAGAACGUGCAAGGCAUGUCCAACGCCCAGAACAUGCAAAACCUUUCUCAGAACAUGCAAAGCGGCCCAAGCAUGCCCAACAUGGCCAACCAAAACCCUAACGCUCCAAAACUCAGCUCGGCUCAGGUGGCCCAGUUGCAACACGAGUUGUUUCAGAUGACCAUAAGCGAUUUCAUGGCCCGCCGUGGCACUCCCAUCACCCAACCUCCUACAAUCAACAAUAAGCGGGUGAAUCUUUUGGUUCUCCAUAUUCUCUCGCGGAAAAUUGGUGGCCCCCAGGCUGUGCUCAAGCUUCUCCAAACGCUCAACCAACCCACUCUGCAGGUCACAGAGUGGACGUCGGUUUGUCAAAAACUCGGGUUGUUGGAAGGCAUCGAUCCUCUGAACGUUGCGGCAAAACUGCAAGUGGAAAAGCUGUUGGGCCUGUGCUACCUUCAGUACAUUCUUCCAUAUGAACAGUACACACUGACCGAAGACGGACUGAAGGACAUACAAGCGCGGCGGAUGCAGUUUCAACGGCAGUUGUUCAUGCGUCUCCAGCAAAGACAAGGCCGCCAGAACCAGUUUCAAAAUAACCAGACACAGAGAAGCCUGAAUCAUGGUAGCCCUAUACCAAAUCAGUAUACUCCGGCUCUGAACCAACCGCUGAACCAGAACCAGAACCAAAACCAACCACUCAACCAGAACGUGAACCAGAACCAGAACCAAGGCCACAACGAGAAUCCGAAUCUAAAUCAGAACCAGAGCCCGAACGUGAACCAGAGCCACACUCUGCUCCAAAACCAGAACGUUCAGAGCCAAUCUGCACAAACCUUUCAAAGUCCUCACCUUGACUCUGCUAAAGCUCUUCAGAGCCCUGGUCUUCAAAUGCAGUCGCCAUUUUCAGGGUUCGUCGCAAGCCCUGCUAACCAACCGAGCCCAGCCAUAUCUGCUAAUUCCCAUAGACUUUCCAAUGCAUCCAAUCACACUUCACCAUCUGUUCAAUCGCCUCAUAACACUGGGUCGCGGUCCAAUAGUGUGAAACAAUCUAUUCCGACUCGAUUUGCUAAUGACUCCGCUGCGACUCCACAAGAACAGGCACCGGAAACGCCGCAAGGUGAACCUAACACCAUCAAAAAGUAUGUUCCUAUCAAAGUAUUGGCGGACACUCUUGGAAGUGGCAGUCUCAAAACAGUUUCGGAUCUCGGGGACGAGAUUGAACUCACAAAGCCUGUUUACUUGUUUGCACCUGAACUCGGUUCGCUCAACAUCCAUGCUUUGGUUAUGUCCUUGAAAAACUACACGCACCAUAACCCAGGCGAGACGUUUUCUGCUCUCAAUACUCUCUUGGUAACCACCACAGACCCAAACUUUCUGUUCAAGAUAUCAGAUGCUCCAGAGAUUUUGGAUGCCCUAGUCGACUUGGGGUCCAAAAUUUUGGAUCAGGUUCUUCUGAAGCCUUCCAAUGCUCCUGAUUAUCUGGACAUCAGUUAUUCAUCAAAUGAUGGAAUCGAUUCUGUUUUCAACAAAUAUGUUCAUGGUGGUGGAAUGAAGGGCGAAGAUCUCACACUUGUGGUCGAUUCGUUGACGGCAGAAAUUGUGGAGGAUGAAGACUCAGACAUUGAAAUAGACGAGCUUUUCUCACCAGAAGAGAUUACCAGUGAGCUGGCUGAGCUGUUGGAAAGUGGGCCAGAGGAAACAGAUACAUGUGAAAUGCCGGAUUUUAUGACUGGAUUGCAAAUGUUCCGUGAGGAAAACAAGCACCAUUUCAGCAAAAUCCAGACGAAGAGCGCUACAGAUGAGCGUAUUUACUUGGUCGAUGCAUUGAUAACUGUAACAAUGACUUUACGAAACUUGUCAUUUACUGAAAAUGCUGGCAGUAAUAUGGUACUCAACAAACCAUUCAAAACAUUCUUGUUCAGGAUUAUAAAGAGUAUAGUAACAACGCCAUCCAUGUUCAUCUUCCAGAGGAAAAGGCUUUGUUUGCUCAAAGACUGCCUCUUGAUUUUGGACCGUGUGGCAUUCUUGAUGGAGCUUGAGACUUUGGAGGAAGCGUUUUUGGUGUUUUUACUUGUUUCCGCUUUUGGUCCCAAACUUGACGACCACGAGGACGAACCCGAGCGUCGAUACUCUAUUCCAAGCGCUCCUUUCGAUGUGUUCACCUAUCUUCCAUGUGCUGUUGACGUAUUCACAAAGCUUUUGGUUCGUGAACCGAAAAACCGUGCAUUGUUCCAGGCUAUAUUGACAGGAACUAUGAGCACAUCUUUGUCGUCAAACAACCCAAACGCCAGCUCUAUCACCAUCAGUCCUCAAGAUUCUCGUUCGACUAGAAAAUUGAUGGUCAGUUACCUCAAGGGCAAUGAGACAGCCAUCAGACAAGGUAUCUUCUUAAGCCGAGCCUUUAUGCUUUUAAUGAGUUGUAUUCCUUAUACUGCGUAUGCUGGCAAUGGAGUGGAGACCACGAGAUUUGUGUUCCAGCGUUCGUCCACAGUGUUGCAAGCAUUGUUUGGAGCGAAGUUGUUGAUUGACUUGGUUCCAAUGGAAGAAGUGAAUGGGAAUCUCACGUGUCUUCCCUGCUCUUGGCUUGCUAGCAACGUGCAAAUUCUACUUUUCAAUUUUACGAAAAACACAUUUUCGCUUAUUACAGAAUCGGUUAAGUUUGCCCGCAGCACCGCAGAACACCGGGUACUCUCGUUUGUGGGCUUUAAAGCGCUUGUCGUUGUGAAUUCUCUAGUGGCAAGCGUUGUGAUUUUGAAAAAGGCUAUGGCAGAAAACGAGCUUUCGGCAGAAAGAACAGCAGAACUCGAGGAAAAUUUAGGAAAGUUCAAGGACUUGUACCGCGUUCAGCCUGAGGCCGACUUCGUCCUCAAUGCGAUCCUAGCAGCUACAAUUGAUCCAGACGUUGCCCAUGAGGUGAUGCGUUUUCGGGGCUUAAUGGCGCAGGUCCAAUAG